AUGACCCUAUAAGUUAGGCCUGUGGAGCCGAAUUCCAUUCAUCCAUCUCCCCACGAUCCAACUACUUUUCUGUUCUUAUUUAUUUUACAGGCGUUAGAUUUCCGGCAAACGUAAUACGUGUGAAAAGGUGCAUUUAUUAAUGUUACAAUGGUGCCCAAAUUAGUAACUUCAUUCUUUCUCCCGGUUCUUGAAGCACUGCGUUUCUUUUCCGGCUGUUGGUGAUCUCAGAGCUCUUCUUGAGCUGAAAUCCUGGUGUUAGGGAAAUGGGAGCCUAGUAUUCGAAGCACAGCUGAUACAUCUUACACCUAUGGCUUUAUCCUGGUAGAAAGGAAGGACAUCUUCAGGAUUUUUCAUGAUGGAAGCUUCUUAUUAUGGGUUUCUGUAGUGCAAACCAUUGUGUAAGACCUGGUUGAUAUGAUAUGGCAACUGAUAUUGGUCAAACUUAUAAUGGAUGGUCGCAUGAUAAAUUGUCUGACCAUGAUGACUCUCAGGAAGUUUCCAUGUCCCAAAUGCUUGAUCAUGGUUCAAUAUCCUUUGGAAGAUUUGCAGUUGAGUCCUUGUCAUGGGAAAGAAGGUCGGUGUUUACUUGCAAUAGACGUCAAGAGGAGCUGGAGAAAUUCAGAGCUCCCGGUUUAGUUGCCCAAAAGAAGGCAUUCUUUGAAGAGUAUUACCAAAGAAUUCGAGCUAUGAAGGCUUUGCAAGAGAAUCAGCAAACUGAGCUCCCAUCGGAUCAUGGUGGUGAUGAUAGUAUUUCUAGCCAAACGGGAGAGGAGGAUGAAACAGCAACACAACUUGAAAGUCUCAGAAAUGGAGUAGCAAAUGCUAGCAAUGCUUGCUUAAAAAAAGCUGCAGUUGGAGUUGCCUCGGAAAAAGGGAAAAGCUUCAAUGAAACACUUCAAAUAAAGGACUUGAACGAUGAGAUUGUGACACCAUCAGAGAAAAGCUUGGAAGAGAUUGAAGAGGAAAAGAACUCUGGCUAUGCUCAUCAGAUGGAGACCUUGGAUACAGAAUCAUCGGUGCAUGUAUCACUGGUAAAAAGCAAAGAAGAAAUUGAUCAGCAUGAGCUCGGUGGACUUGAUGAUGGAGGGAUUUCAAGGAAAUAUGAAAAUUCAGCAUGUGAUGCCACUACUGUGGAAGCUUCCCAAAGGACUGCAUUGUUUUCUGUAGAUUCUAAUCCAGAAAAUUCAGAACAUUGGCUGGUUGACAACACUGCUGUAGGGAAAAUGAAGUCGGGUGCUAAGAGGCAUACAGAGAAACGUGUAUCAGUUCCGAAGGUCAAGAAGGAGCCUGCUGCCUUGGUGAGAAAUGGCCUAAAGUUGGACUGCAAAAGCAAAUCAGAACUGAAAUCAACUCAAAGACCAAAAUAUCCAUCUCAGGGGACGAUCAGCAGGACAGAUAACAGUAUAGUUUCAAGCAAGACUCAUGCUGAUAGAGUCUCAAGCAACUACAGAUCUACCUCUGUUUGUCCUGCUGCCUUGGUGAGAAAUGGCCUAAAGUUGGACUGCAAAAGCAAAUCAGAAAUGAAAUCAACUCAAAGACCAAAAUAUCCAUCUCAGGGGACGAUCAGAAGGACAGAUAACAGUAUAGUUUCAAGCAAGACCCAUGCUGAGAGAGUCUCAAGCAACUACAGAUCUACCUCUGUCGUUUCCCAUAGACAACGUACAGAACUGCAUUUUAGCGGUACUGUACCUCGCCCUUUUUCUUUUGCUACUGAAAAGCGAGCUGCCGUCCCUUCUGGCAUUAGAGAAGGUACACAGAGAUUGGAUCCCAAAACCCUAAACAAGUCAGCACCAUCAUUAAAUCAUGCAAAGGAUGUUUCAAAUGUUCAGGUUACUUCAAAGAAAUCAGCCACAACUACUAGUGUGAAAAGUAGAGGAUCAGAAAACAAAAGAGGCUCUGGAGAAAUCAAAAGAAUGCAUUUAGCAUCAGACAGCAAAACUACCGUUCUUAGGGGAGGAGGUAUUACCAUGCUUGGACCACCAAAGGCAAGGUCCAUUAACCUUCCUGCUCGAGACAAGUCUGAUACAAAUGGUGGAACUGUCUCCAGAUCCAUAGAUGCUGUCAGACGAAAUAAAAAGAAAGAGGAGAAAUUUGUAGCAAGGUGCAUGCCAGAGGUUCAUGGUGUCAAUACAAAAAGUUUUGCCCCUCAUCUGACUGGAAAUCUGAGGACAGAAAGUAAAAAGAUGGUUCAAUCAUCUCAGCCGGGUAACCUGUUGGUUAAUGGACGGAAGGCACAAUUUGGUGAUCUGUCAUUUGAUGGGAGGAGGCCAAGGCAAAUGAUGCCCCAAUGGCGAUGACUUAGGCGCAACCCAGUCUCAGGACAAUUUGCGCGAAGGCAUUUGUGUCCCAACAAAAUAAGCAGCAUGUACAAAAGGAUGCGAAUUUAAAUGUUCCAUGGGAAAUAUGUAUCAUGGGAACAGUAGUUCUGCGGUGACGUUCUCAUGGAUUUCUGAGGUUGCUGCAUUCAAGCGGUAGACAUGGGUAGUGAUGUAACCUCUGUUGUUCCACAUAUAUCUUUAGGGAUGGUGCAUUAUAAUGGAUCAUUUCCCCGUUCAACGUAAGCUAUAGUUUGAUUGUGUUAUGAUACUAAUCCAUUGGCAGGAAGAGGAUAUAGACAGCAAUCACUAAAGAGGUUUAGAUG